AUGGGCCGAGCAUUUCCGAGGCGUCCUCAACCGCCCUUCCGUCAUCUCCGACGCCGCCAUCGCCCGCUUGCCGCAAGUGGAGACCAACGUGGACCUCGACCUCCCGCCAUCUCCCCAGGAGACCAUCAGGGCCGUGCAACGGAAGAGGAGAUGCAACGGAGCAUGAACCUGUUCUCCGCCGCCUGCGAGAACUUCGGUCUGGUCAUUAACAAGCAGAAGACGGUGGUGAUGCACCAACCGCCACCCAACUCAGCCACAGCCCCCAACGCGCCGCCGCAAAUCAGCGUGAACGGAACCCAACUGCAAGUGGUGGAGAACUUCCCGUACCUGGGCAGUACCCUCUCCCGGAACAUUAAGAUCGAUGACGAAGUCGCCAACAGGAUCUAG